AUGGCAGACGUCCAGAUGACAGAUGCUCCUUCUGGAUCCUCAGCGCCCGUCAAGAAGGCUGCUGGUAAAGCUAAAGCUGGCCCCUCAGACGGCGCAGUAGAAGGCAAGAAGCGCUUCGAGGUCAAGAAGUGGAAUGCGGUAGCUCUAUGGGCCUGGGACAUCGUCGUCGACAACUGUGCUAUCUGCAGAAACCACAUUAUGGAUCUCUGCAUUGAAUGCCAGGCAAACCAAGCAUCUGCAACCAGUGAGGAGUGUACCGUCGCGUGGGGCAUCUGCAAUCACGCCUUCCACUUCCACUGCAUCUCCCGUUGGUUGAAGACCCGUCAAGUCUGUCCCCUCGACAACCGAGACUGGGAAUUCCAGAAGUAUGGCCGUUAA